AUGUCUCCCACACCUGGGCAGACCCUGUACACCCUCUUGUUCAUCCUUCUGCUGGGACUCACAGCUGGGCAGCCCUUCAUUUCUCUGAUGGGCCUAUCUCAGAGGAUAAUUCCAGAAAUAUCAGAACCUUUCAAUUGUACUGCUGGCCCCUUCAGCUCUGGGGACUUCAAUGUCACCUGGUUUAAGAACAGUGAUGAACAUCCAGCCUCAGCCCACUAUGAAGCGGCUGAUGCUAAUGGCACUUACUCCAUUACCAGCAAGGCAUGGGUGACACUGACUGGAGAAGAUGUAUUGUCUCAGAUCACGUGUGAAGUCACUCACAGAGACCUUGAGGAGCCCCUGAGAAUGACCAUGAACCUCUCCCAAGUGCUUUACAUUAUUCCCUCCCUUAGUAUCACCAAGUCCUCUGAGACCUACGACCAAGAUCAUCAGAGAGUGAAUCUCACUUGUCAUGUGAGCCGUUUCUACCCCUCCCGCCUGCAGCUCAUUUGGAUGAAAAAUGGGCAUAAGAUCCUGGAGGAAUCUCCUGCGGUCAGAAGCAACCCGGAUGGGACAUACUCUUUGGACCACAUAUUGCCAAAGGAGACCACACUGGACGGCAGUGAGUUUGCAUGCUGGGCAGUCCAGGGUGACCGGGCCCCAGUCAAGGCAGUCAUCACAGUGCAGGGCUCCAGCAAGAGCAAAGGAAGGAUAUUACCAGAAAGGAUCUCUGACAAAUUGGAAGGCCCCCAGCAGCGGUUUGAACCAGGCACAAGCAUCCAAUUGACAUACACAUUAUUCCGAUUAUACACACGUCACGUUACGAUGAUCUGGCUUAAAAACAACCACAAACUCCAGACCAAGUCCCAGACCAAGGUUCUCUCUAGUGGAGACACCUAUAAUAUCACCAGCACUGUGUCUGUCCCACUGAACAAAGAGGAUGUGCUAUCCUUUGUCCACUGUGAGGUCAAGCACAGAUCAUCAUUGCUUCUCCAGAAAAACAUCAGCCUAAGCCAGUACCUCCGUGUGCCUCCUACAGUAACAGUUUUCCAUUCUCCAGUGUCCUCUGGCUUGGUGACAAUUACCUGCCAUGUGCAGAGAUUCUAUCCAGAGAAUGUGCACAUCACUUGGCUGGAAGACUGCCAUCCUUUCAAGGGAACUGAGGAACUUGUGUCCAAGAAGAAUAUUGAUGGCUUAUAUAUGAAGGAAAGCUCACAGUUGGUGAAUACAUCAGUUCAAGGGCUUGAGCGAGUGUUUACUUGUAAGGUUCAGCAAGAGGAGCAGCCUACCAUCAAGGCCAGCCUCAUAUUGCCCAAAGCACCCUACACCAUAGACAAGCCCACUGGGAGCCCAGGUCAAGAGACAUCUGCCUUCAUUUUUGUGGCCUUUCUCCUGGGCUUCAAGGUUCUUUUUGUGAUGAGUUUCACAGUCACCUAUAUCUAUAGGUUGUGGAAUAUCUAACAGCUCCUGCAUGCCAUGUGAUUGAUACAUUGCUUCUGACACUCUUCCAAGGGCUAAAGUGAAAACAGAAGCCCCGAGGAACAUGACCCUUCUCUUUUCUUUGCCAUUCCAGUACAGACCUUCUCUGUCUCUAACCUCUCCUCAUGGUUCCUUCCCCUUGGGCUUUUGGGCUGGG